GCGGCAUUGCAGGUGUGCUGCCGGCCUUUUAAAAAGGAAUAUACUCUUUUCUUGAAGGUUAUGUUGUCGUAUCGGUUCGGAAAUACUGCUGCUGGAAGUUGAUUCCAAAGAAUGGUUGUGCGUGGGAGAAAGUGCCUUGAAAAACGCAUGGUGGAAGAUGUAAAUGCUUACAUUGAAGCAGACUACGAUCGCACGAAUGUUUUUGACCCUAAAAUAUACGAAGAUGUGUUGAAUAAAGAAGAAUGCGUCAAACAAAUUAAAUAUAUUGUGGAAAACAACGUUUUGUUGUUGGGUCGAUUUUUGGAUGCGAGUUUGAGGAUACCGCGAAGUAUACAAAAAGGGAAUCUUCUCGAUAUAGGCAGUUACUAUGAAUGUUUAGAAAUAAAGGAGAAUGAAGAAGAUAUGAAUAUAGAAGGAAAAUAUUGUAUGAUGAAGAUACCAUUAGGUCAAAAUAUUAGUAUGGACAGUCUUUCAACAAAGCUUGACCUUCCACAAAUGAUGUGGUCCGAGUUUAAUCCAAAAAUAUUUGAAAUCAAUAAUAGUACUUACAAUGAUCUGAUAUCACAAAUAGCUUUAAAAAGACAAUUACAAUUAUUGGUUGGUAUAACACCAAAAAACAUCCAAAGAGAUGAUGAUGAGAAUCCACUGUCUGAUAUCAGUAUAGAAUUAGCAGUGUGCAUACCAAAGACCUGUUCUUUACAGAAUGCACUAAACACUAUACUAGAUCUCCAACCAACUGAUUUGCAAAUUGAAGAAGCAUAUUGUAGACUUCCUAAUGAUAAACCGUGGGUUGCUGCAGAUUACGUUGCUUUAGUUAUAUUUACAUUACUUGGUAUUGUUAUUGUAUUAAGUACUGCUUAUGAUCUUCGACUUCAAAUAUUUCUAAAGAAAGAUCCAAAAACGACCAACAAGCUUCUUUUGUCUUAUUCUGUCUACACCAACACUAUACGACUGGUGACAUACAAACCAUCUCCCGGAGCUCUGGAAUGCGUGGAUGGUAUCAGGGCAUUUGCAAUGAUGUGGGUCAUCAUUGGACAUACGUUUGUAAAUCUCAUGUCAGUAAAUAUGUUACAUAAUCCUUCAGAUGUUAAAAAAUUCGUAAUAUCAUUUUGGUCACUAUGGAUUUCGUCUGCUCCUAUCACAGUGGACACAUUCUUUGCACUAAGCGGCCUUUUACUGGUUUAUUCUACAGCAGGCAAAGUGACAGGAUUGAAGCUCAUUAAGAACUUGCACUUGUUCUAUUUGAAUCGAUAUCUUCGUCUAUUCCCAUUGCUGGCGGCUUGUAUACUCCUUCAAGCAUCACUGUUUCAUCGGGUAUCAGACGGACCCAUGUGGGAAGAAGUUGCAAUACAAACAGAGAGGUGCAGAAAAUAUUGGUGGUCCACAUUACUGUACAUCCAAAACUACUAUAACCCCACCAGUAUGUGUCUUCCACAUACCUGGUAUCUGGCAAUAGACUGGCAACUCUUCUUGAUAUCUCCUAUUAUUCUCUUCUGGGUGGUUAGCAGCAAAAAGACUACAGCUUGGAUUGCAUUGAUUGCUGGCCUCCUGGUUUCUCUCACAGGAGCUAGCAUAUAUAAUUUUACAGUUGGAUUCAAAAGCUCACUCGGUGCGCUUGGACCACAAAGAGAAAACCAACCAGAUUAUUUAAGUUAUUACUAUGUGAACACGCUAACUAGAGCACCGCCCUUCUUCGUGGGGAUGAUAUUUGGAUACAUUUUGCACCUUCAACGCGGAAAGAAAUUAGUUAUGUCCAAAGCACUAGUUACCCUGUUAUGGUUGCUGGCUAUAAUUUUGUCAUCUGCAGUAAUUUAUAGUCAUUACAUUGUUAUUCAAGAGGACUGGGAAAAUCACAUUGUCGAUGAUAUACUCAAUUCUUACAUGAGAUCAGUUUGGGCUUUGAGUGUUUGUUGGAUGAUCUUUGCCUGUGUACACGGAUAUGGAGGUCCUAUUAACUGGAUUCUUUCACAUCCUAUGUGGAAAAUACUUGGAAGAUUGUCUUAUGCCAUGUAUCUUUUCCACUAUCCACUCAUAUUCGUUGUUAAUGGAACCUCAGUAGUAUCUCUUUAUUUCUCCACUGAAGUAUCAGUACAAAGGUUCCUAGCAGACUUCGUGAUAGCCGUCUUGGCUGCAUAUUUAAUUACAUUGUUCGUGGAUGCGCCCUCGUCUGUGCUGAUCAAGCAUUUCCUCGGUGGAGGUGGAGGAGGAGGUGAGAGGAGGCCAGAGCCGGUAAAACCAUGGAACGGCACUGAUAACCAAACAGUGGCGAAUAAAAGUAACAGCAACCUGGAAGCACCAGAUCACGAAAUUAUCAAUAAAGUUGAUUUAUAAUUUAUUAAA